CCGCCAUUUUGAUCCGAUAUCAAAGUCAUAGUGUUACGCUGAAGCAGUAAUAGUAGAUUUUAUUAGUUUUUUAAGUAUUUAGGGUGAAAUAAGUGAUAAUGGUGCCGCAAACGAAGGUGUUCGUCGGCAGCCUGCCGCAGGGCUCGAAGCCGGAGGAGCUUCGCAAACUAUUUGAGCGGUUUGGUGUCGUAACAGAAUGUGACAUCAUGAAUCGGUGUGGAUUUGUACACAUGCAAACCGAAGAACAAGCUUCUGCUGCCAUUCGCGCGCUAAACAACACACCGUUUAACGGUGGCGUCAUCUCAGUGGAACGCGGUCGCAUUAAGGAACGCGGCCAGCGAGGAGGCCCUGGAGGUGGCCGCGGUGGUGGCAUGAGGGGAGGUAUGCGCGGUGGCAUGGACCGUCGCGGCGGUGGACCCAUGCGCGGUGGCCCACCACCCCGCGACACUCCGUACUCUCGCGACAGGCCCUCACAUCCCCGCGGCCCUCCGCCUGGCGGUCCCCCACAGAUGGCUCCGCGACCGAUGCCUUACGAGCGCGCCGAGAGGCCGCCACCGCCAGUGUAUGAUGACCGCUACAAUGGAUACGGAGGAGAAGAUAGGCGAGGUUUUGCCCUGAUGGAGCGCGGUGCAAGAGACCCGUACGCCAGUGCGGCGCCCAUGUACCCGGAGGAGCGGCGGUACGACGACAUGCCCCCGAUGUACGCGGACGACCGGCGCGCUCCAAUGUACGCAGAUGAGCGCGACCUGAUGGAACGGCGCGCGCCACUCCGUGCGGCCCCGCAGCAGCUCCCGUACGAGCGCGCGCUGCCGCCGCGACCACAGCCCCUGCCCAAUGGUGACAUGUUCAGUCGCCGUUCUCCCAUGCGUGCAGCAGGCCCUGGAUAUGAUAGAGACCCAUACGCCCAGCAGUAUCCUCCCAUGGGACGCGGGGGCGGCGCGGCGCGCGGUAGAGAGCUGACAGGUCUGGGGGGCCCGCGCCGGUACUAGCGCGUAGUAGUACCCGCGACACGAACAAAUGAGUACCUAGUGCCGGGCGACGGUCGAACUAAACGUGCGACACGUGCGGUGCGGACAUGUAGCUUGUAAGUCCAGUACGAGUGAAAAAUUAUGUGAAUCACUUUAUACAUUGUAAUAAAUGCGAGAUAUAUUGACGGAACGUUUUCAUUUCACCCGCUGUUAUGUUGACAUGCUCCAUGUUACAUAUUGAUCGAAUUAGUUUUAUAUAAUUGUUUGGAUUGAUUACGCUAAUGAUAAGUCUUAAAUGUUAAGAUACAUUUUGUUUAAGUUGUAUAUUUUACAUUUAAAAUUAAAUUCUUCGAAGUAAAGAUUUACUUUAAUUACACCUACCGGCACUAAACUCUUCAUGCAUGUUACCUUGAGAUCUUUGGCUUCGAAUACUGCUUCUCUCUGGUUGCGGUACUUCUGUUUAAAAUUGUGGUUUUAUUGCAGGACAACUUUAUGUUGCGCGGUCGGCUCGUGCUGACCGAUAUCGAAACUUGUUGUUCCAUGUGCCUGUCUGUUCAGGUAGUGCUCUUGCAGGGGUGCGUUCAUUGACAUCUUGCGAUCUCCUUAAACCCAGUCUCUUACAGAUAUUUAAAAUGUCAAAACUAGUAAACACGUAACGAUCAGUUAGGUCACAAAAGAUGUUGUCUGUAAACCUACUUUUAAAAUAACCAUUAGAAGAUAUAAACAAUAAACUUGCGUCCACGUAAUUCGAUGCGAACGCACCCCGAGCUGUGUUGCUAACGUGAGCACAGCAGAGCGGCAGUCGGGAGCGAGUGCCGCUUAGGGCGACAUAACGGCUCACUGUUUGUAUGACAUACCGCUGUCGAACGGCGACAUACCACAAAGUGCGUGCGAGUCCUUUCAGAUAGUUAGAUGCGGCAUGAUGAUGACGAGCUUAUGGCGGCGAUGCGUAGUCGAUGCUAAAGCGACGGCGUUAUGCUGUAUACGUUAGGCGACAGCGACAGAAGACACAGGAAAGCGAAAAAUUGCAAAUCGACUUGGGCGCCUGGGUGAAACUCGAGGAUUCUGAACAGUGUGAUGAAACUGGAUCACCUAUGAGUUCCGCUUCUUUUUGAGACUGGA